GGGACGGGGCGCGGCGGGACCCCCGGCGCCGCAGAUCGCCCGUCCCCUGCAGCGGGACCCCCAGGUUUAUAAUGGAACUUACCUCUUUGCCUAAAUUCCUUUGGACAAGUGACAACAAGCUUCUGCAUCACCAUUUUCCAGACAUACUGGCUACUGUUCAUACCACACAAGACAUCCCUGAAGAAGUUGUUUUUGGACCAUGCAUGCUCCAGAACACCCUGCUGGACACUGUAGCUUUCAUUGCUCUCAAAUGUUCUGACAGACGGAACAUCCACUAUGUAUUUAAGGUGGAUGUCACAUCUGUUCACGGUCCCACAGGCCUGCCCUGGAUGAGACUUGUACAAGCAGCUGCCCAUAGCAAGGAGCAGAACUUGGAAGCUUACUUGGAAAACAGUCAGUUAUACUAUCGCUCCACCAGGAAAAUCAGCAAAAACGAGGAGCUGCUUGUCUGGUAUGAUGAGGAGCUUUCCAGCCUCUUGGGUUUCAAUGAGAUAAAAGCUCAGAGGCCCCAGAAUGAGUUGAGAUGCCAAGAGUGCGACCGAGUCUUUAAAUGUGAGCAUUCCUAUCUGUCCCAUGUCCGCUUCCUCUGUGUGCCAGAGAAGAGUGCUCUGCUAUGGAGAAACUUCCAGAACCCUAAAACUGAAAAGGGCAGCCUAUCUGAGCAGACCACGAAUUUCCACAGUCUGGCAAGGGACCUGGAAGUUAAAAUGGCAGCUUGUAAAGAUGAUGCACAUGGUGUUAUUGGAGAAAGGAGAGCGAAAUCUGAAGAGGCUGAGAGCAACAGGAGCAGGAAAACAGUGCUGUUGGAGAAAACCAAUAACUUGACUGAGGAACAUAACUGUGGGGGCAAGGAAGAGGUUGGGGGAGAGCAUGCAUUGGCUGGUUCUUUAAGGAAGCUUAGUUCAGGGAGGCAGUCAGCUAGGAAGGAUGCUUUAGAGCAGAAGCAGAGUGCUUUCACUGAGGUCAGGAGGAUGAAAGAGAAGCUGAGGAAUGAGAGACUGCAGGAGCCAGAGCAGGAGGAUGGCAUGGCCCCACUUGGUAAGGAGCAGGUGUCAAAGGAAGUGUUGCUGAACUCCUCUGGUAGUGCUUUCUCCUUUGUUUGGCCCACCAGAGCUCGAGGAGAACAGAAGAGUGCUUUCAGCAAGCCCAGUAAGUGCAUAACAGAAAGAGCUGCAGUAAAUUCCUCUCAUCCCAUGAGUGAGUCAACAAAGAGCCUGGGGGAGCUGUCUGGCUUCAUUGCCACCGCAGACAUCAUGUGCUGCAGCAGUCUUCUCAAUUCCAAGUUCUUUGUCAGUGAUUUGUGUAAUGCUCAGAUGCUGCAGACAAGCAUCACUCGGAGCAGUAUUUUCCCAUAUACCUCAGAACCGUGGCUCAAGCAAGCAGGAGGACAAUUACAAAACACCACCACCACUUCCUCCUCCUCCUCCUCUUCUUCCUCUUCCUUGACUCUUCUUCCUCCCACCUUCACCUCCUUUGGAGUGGCUGCCCAGAACUGGUGUGCCAAAUGCAACCUGUCCUUUCGCAUGACGUCUGAUUUAGUCUUCCACAUGCGGUCACAUCACAAGAAAGAAUAUUCCUCAAGUGAAUCCCAGUGCAAGAGGAGGCGGGAGGAGAAGCUGACGUGUCCCAUUUGCCAUGAGUACUUCCGAGAACGCCAUCAUUUAUCCCGGCACAUGACUUCUCAUAAUUAGAGCUGUGCAGGCAGAUGUCACCAAGGGACCCCGCAGGUUGGAUGAAGAAGGGAAUGAUAGUUCACUUAAAUCCAUUUCUUUUUUGAGUUUACAUUAAUUUCUUUCAGGAAAUCACUGUUUACAAUAAUUUAUA